AAAAUGACUGCAAUAAAUUUUGAAAUUAAACUUAAACGAGAAAAUAAAAUAUAUUUUGAAGGUGAAAUUCUAUCAGGUUGUGUGCAAUUUAAUUGUCCUUCCGAAGCAAAACAUGAUGGAGUUACAUUAUCUCUGGAAGGAGUGGUUAAUUUACAGUUGAGUACUAAAAAUGUUGGGCUUUUCGAUGCAUUUUAUAAUUCCGUUAAGCCAAUAACUUUGCUCAAUAAUACAUUGGAAUUAGCUGCACCUGGUAAAUUAGCACAAGGCAUCUCUGAAUUUCACUUUGAGUUUCCUUUAACGUGCAAUAAAGAACCACGCAUUCUGUAUGAAACGUAUCACGGAGUUUUCAUAAAUAUUAACUAUCAAUUACGUUGUGAUGUUAAACGUAGCUUUUUAGCGAAAUCCUUACAGAAAACGCAACAAUUUUGUAUACAAUAUAAACCGACUGCCACCGAUUUAAAAAAAUCUUCGGAAGUUAACUUCAGUGUUAGUCCAGAAACAUUGCAGAAAACAGCAAAAGAACGUAUAUCUAUACCACGUUUUCUUGUAACAGGAAAGUUGGAUAAUACGGAAUGUUGUAUCACCGAGCCUUUAACAGGACAUUUUAUUGUGCAGCAUACAGAGGCCGCUAUUAAGUCCAUUGAAUUACAAUUGGUACGUGUGGAGACAUGUGGUUGUGCUGAGGGCUAUUCAAAGGAUGCAACAGAAAUACAAACAUUACAAAUAGUAGAUGGAAAUAUUUGCCCAAAAUUAGAAAUUCCUAUUUACAUGGUAUUACCACGAUUGUUCACUUGUCCAACUCUGAUAACCAAAAAUUUUAAAAUAGAAUUUGAACUCAAUUUAAUUGUUAUAUUUAAAGACGAUUAUAUUGUUACUGAGAAUUUCCAAAUCACUUUUAAACGUACUGCUUCUCCGAAUGGAAAAUUGAAAAAUUGUGGUGGGUAAUUAGAGUACGAUUAAGGCAAACCUAUAAAGCCAUAAUUAAAAUGAGUUUUACAUAUUGACUUUGAUAAAAAGAAAGUUUAAGUUGGUUUUAAUUUAAUAAUUAUCACUU